CGGGACGCAGCACGAGAUCUUCCGAAAGCUAAUUAGCAGACGAUGGGAGUUUUAUAUUUUUAAUACAAGUCAGAAAAUCCUUCAUCAAGUGAAACUGAAAGAUCAUUGCAGAGCAGUCAAAAAUGCAACAGAUGAGAGAACAGCAGCAACCCUUUUUUAAACCGUUAUCUUUCAGUGAACAAAAUAUAAAUACGAAUAACCGAACAUAUGAGACUUCCCCAUGUUCCCUGGCACCACAGAUGCAAGUACGACCAAAACUCCAGCAAAAUUCAGCACAAUUUCAGACCAGUAAAGCAAGAGAGAAUGAACAAAACCAAGUUAUUUCACAACAACAAGAACAGACCCAAGGCAAUGAAAGGAUAUCUUCUCUACAUGUGAAACUGCAGCAUGAGGCAGAUCGUAUUAGGAAAUGGAAAGUCCAAACCGAAAUCGAAAUCAAGCAAAAGGACAAGAAAAUAAAAGAAUCUACUCACACUAUUGAAAGCCUGAGGAAAUCUAUUCUUGAACUUCAGCUUCAAAAUGAAAGCCUCAGUCUGCGUCUUCAAGAAGAGAUAACCAGCAGGGAGGAAAUUCUUCAUAGAAUAAAUGCUACAAGAGACAUGUGUAAUCUUUUGAAAGACCACUCUGCUGAUACGGAGGAAAGACUGCAAAAAUGUGAAACAGAGCGCACUGAGCUGAAAUAUAUUGAGAAACAACAUGUUAAGCAGUUUGAGGAGUUAUCAGAAAAGUUUACAAGUCUUGAUAUAACAUCAAAGAAAGAGAAGGAAGAUUUGACAGAAAAAUUGACAGCAGAAUUAAAGAAAGGCGAGGAACUGCAAAAAGAACUGAAAAAUCACAAGGAAGAAAUGAAAACUACUCUGAAUGAUUUGGAGAAAUUGUGUGAUGAGAAAGACCUAGAGAUUCGAGAUGUUAGGGCUGAACUCUGCAAGAAUGAGGAUGAAAUACACAAGAUGAACUCUGUUAUAGAUGAGCUGCAAAGUGAGAUUGGGAAUUUACAGAGUGACUUGCAGCAGAAGCAAACCUGUCUGACAGAAUCUGAAGAGAAACUGAAGAAAAUAAUG